UCCGACUUCUGACCCCAGUCUGUCGGGAAGGUUGGGCUACAGAAAAUAGAGAGCUUCAGUCUUUCUACAAAUAUCUUUUUUAAUAUAUGCUUUCCAAAAGCCAGAAAUGAAGUCGGCUCUGCUUCACGUAUCGGUCCCUUUUGUACUCUGUGUCGCCUUAGUGAACACUAGCCUGUUCGACGAAGUUCAGGUGGACUUGUCUUAUGACCACUAUGCAGAGAAAAGGGUUGAUUAUUUGCCCGGUUUCCUGGCGAUGCCUUUUAACUGUCUGGUUAACCUGGCUUAUAUCUACAUGGGACUGUACUGGCUGUUGUGGCGUAGAGGCGAUAAAGAAACGCAACAGGCUCGGUACAUGAGAGAAGUGUUCGCAGUCAUGGCUGUCUAUUACGCACCUGUGCAGUGGACGCGCUUGGCGGUGCUACGGCGCGGUCCCGCCGUGCUAGAUCAGUGGUUCACCUUACCGAUCUUCGCGUGGGUUCCGGUGUGGAUCAGCUUCAUAGAGUCCAGGCCGACGAAGUGGUCCGCGUCACGCGCGGCAGCGCUCGAACUGUUCUCUGUCCUCACCUACGGCUUGGCGCUGGCGCACGAGCGGGGCUUUGAGGGGGCGCUGGGUUGUCACGUCGCCCUCGCGGUGUACAAGGGAGUUCGCAUGCAGUGGGGGCACGGGGACCUACGCACGCUGAGAUAUCUGCUGCUGGCGGUGAUGUCGUGUACAGGGUUCGUGAUGCUAAAGCUGCUGGACCAUUGGCUCGCUCGGCACUGGCUCUUUCAGCGGCUUACGGGACACUUCUGGUCCAAAGUGUGCGACGUGCUACAGUUCCACUUCAGCUUCUGUUUCCUGACCACCCUGACACAGAGGGUAGGCCUACAGGGAAAGACAGCAGCACCGUAGGAGGUAGAAACAAUCAGAGAUGAGGAGCUGAUGAUGUCAUAACA